GGUAUUAUGGAUUUUUUUUUCCAAUAAUGAUUUUAGUAUUAUCACUUGGGUUUGGAAGUUGUUUGGUGUUUGCUAUUGGUUUUCAGGAAGCCGUCAAAGAAGCGAUUGAGAGGGUCCUGCUAUGGGAAAAGGUUAUUGAUCAGUACUGUCGACCUGAUAGGAUUACAGCAAAGAAACAGCAAGAGGAGCUAGAAAAAGUUGCCAAAAACAUUCCUAACAGUGCGCCUGCUUCUGUGAAGCAAUCUGCCAAUCGUUUAGUUCUUUCCCUGCAGAGCAACCCUGGUUGAGGAUUUGACAAGAAAUUCCAAUUCAUGGAUAAGCUUGCACGGGAGGUCCCUCAACAAUACAGUUGAAGUUGGAAG